ACUUAAUCUGACCCUGACCGCAUCCCUUUCCUCUGGAAACUCUCACCUCAAGUCUCUAGCCCAGGCUGAACACCCAGUCGGAUUUUCUGUUCACUGUAGGAUUUUUGUUUCCAGUGUACAAUUAUCAAACACUCUUCUCACCAUAACGAGUAUACCCGUUCCAAACAUCCAAGACUUAUCCUUCUGGACUCAAGGGUGAUCGACCGGUUCGAAUUGCCAGAUACAGGGGACGCUUCGGCAUUUUCUUCACAAACUGUCGCCUCCGAUCCUCGAGGCCGCUUUGCCACUGACAGCUUCCGAUCGCUAAUAAAAUAAUAAGAGAAUAAAAUCUCUGGAGUUCGAUCCUGAAAUCGGGACUUGUCGUUGCGCUGGCGACUCCAUCCUCCUUCGACCUAUCUUGAGCAAUCACUCCCACGUGUCAUGUGUCUGCCAUAAGAUUUGCAUUGGUUUACGACGAGUAGGGAACUUCACCCCCUACUUCACCGCCAUACCCGGAGUACUGCCGGUUCUACGAUCGUUCAAGCAACUUACGUUGGACGGACUCCUUCGUAACUCCUUCUUCACCGCGCGAUCAGGUUCAGAGAAUCCGCUCCAUCUUUCGUGGCAAGCCCCCAUGUUCCAUUUGUCACCGACCGUGAAGCAGCAGUGGAGCCCCUGAAGCCCGUCUCAAACUCGUCUCUUCACGCUCAUGGGCAACUCUCAAGGGAAACCAGUCGUACUGACUGAUGAAGUCAACCUGAACCACUUUCGUUUGCUGAGGGUUGUUGGCAAGGGUGCUUUCGGAAAAGUUCGAAUUGUCGAGCGCAAAGACUCCGGUUUAACAUUUGCCCUCAAGUAUAUUCGCAAGGAUGAAGUCGUUCGAUCCGAGAGCGUGCGGAAUAUCAUCCGCGAAAGACGAAUGCUCGAACAUCUCAACCAUCCGUUCUUGUGCAAUCUCCGAUAUGGCUUCCAGGACGUUGAGUAUUUGUAUCUUGUGGUGGAUCUGAUGAAUGGAGGGGACCUUCGCUUUCACAUCCAGCGGAAAGCCUUCACAGAGGACGCCAUUCGCUUCUGGAUGGCAGAAUUGGCUUGCGCCCUUCGAUACAUUCACAGUCAGGGCAUUGUCCAUCGAGAUCUGAAGCCGGACAACGUGCUACUGGAUUCCGAGGGACACGUCCAUUUGGCGGAUUUCAACGUCGCUUCUGACUUCAAGCCCGGCAAGCCGUUGACCAGUAAGUCAGGCACGCUGGCAUAUCUCGCCCCAGAAGUUUUCAGAGGCUCGGGGUACUACAGCGAGGUGGAUUGGUGGUCGUUAGGAGUGACCAUGUAUGAAUGUGUAUAUGGGAAACGACCAUUCGAAGGCAAAACGUAUGAAGAGCUGGCCGAGUCCAUCUCUGCAGGAUCUCCACACUACUUUGUUACCAAGCCACCUGUCUCGAUGCCCUGUUUGUCGGCUAUGACCUCUUUGAUCGAGAAAGACCGGCGCAAACGCAUCGGAGCCACCGGAUUCGACACAUUCACUUCCCAUCCCUUUUUCCAACCCAUCAAUUUCGACGCACUUGAGCGAAAACAGAUACCCCCGAUAUUCGUCCCUUCCAGCGAAAAGACCAAUUUCGACGCGACGUACGAUCUGGAGGAACUCUUGCUAGAGGAGGCGCCUCUAGAGGCACGCGCAAGGAAACAGAAGCCAAGGGCCGAACUACGCAACGAUGCCACGAGUAGGGAAAUCCGGGAAGACGAGCUACAUCGGAUGAUAGAGACCAUGUUUGAGCCGUUUGACUACACUCUUGCAAGUUACGAAGUGCCUGCAGCUGCAGCAGUGGCUGGAACCGUACCGGAGGAGCAUGUUCACCUGGAUACUACACAACCCGAUCCGCAGAGUGUGCCUACCUCGCCCGAUGGAUCGCCACCGUUGUCACCAAGUGCUACCGUCACACCUCAAAGCGAAGAAAUGUUCCCUCCGCUGGAUGACGUGAAGCAAGCAUUGCCGCACGCUCAACAGCAGAUCGCCCGGCCAGCGUCUUCGUCGAAGUCCUUUAGCCGGCCCAUACCACCACAGAGACCAAUGGCAGCGACAAGGCAGCCAAGCAAAGGCGGAGGGGUGCACAUGGUACUGGACGAGACAGGUAGCUGGACCCAACUGGCAGACCAGACACCGCCAGGCUAUCCGGAAGGAAUGGGAGGUGACGCGGGCGCCAAAUACGAGAAGGGAAGUGGCAGCAUGCUUGGUUUCCUGAGCAGAAAGAAAGGCAGAGACCGAAGCCCCAAGCCCAAAGAGGCCGGAGUGCUCGGCAAGAUCGGAGCGAGGCACAUCAUCAACUGAAGGAUGUGAAUGAUGUUCGAUUGCGGGAUCCCCGUGUGCGGAGGACCUAUCGGUACUCGAAAGAUUCCAGGCCUCUGCACGGCAAGGCUGGCAGCAGAGGCGAUGUCAGAACGACUGGCGAAUCCUCCACCGACCGGAGUUGUUUUUGACGAUACCCAACAUGUUAUGUACAGUUGCAUUGAUUGCAGGCGAUUUUAAUUAGAUGGUUGAUUACGGAGUACGACAGAUUGAUUGCGUCCUGGUGGCGGGACAGAGCAGAGACGUUGGAAGGCCCGCCGAGCUGGGUGCUCAGUGUCGUUAUUGUACAAGUACUCGCGUAGUAGUAAGCUGUGGUUAGACCGAUACCUACCG